AUGACCGCCUACUUUCCACUUCGAGUAAUGCUUUUUGUGCAGGCGAUAAUGGGCAUUUUCACGAUUUUUCUUUCACUUUACACUCUCAGCCUCUAUCGAAAAGUUUAUUUUCAUAUCAAUUGCAAGUUCUACCAUAUCAUUGUCCUCUCGAUGCCACCCUCGUGUUCGUCUCUCGUUUCCCCUUUGCAAUGUUUAUUGAUGAGAGGACUCGCGAACACGUGCACCUACGUUUUUACUCCGAUUCAUUUUGCUCUCAAUCUCGAGAGAGUCAUCGCACGUACCAGAGUUUUGAUCAAAUAUGCGCCGAUCGUUCAGUAUCAAACUUUGUUCAUCGCAAUCAAUUUUGUUCCCUAUUACACGGUGAUGUCGAAUAUGGUUCUUGUGCUUUUGCUGAAACGAUUAUCUCGACAAAAGAAAGCCGAUCUCGAGGCUCAUCUCCGAACGUACAGAGAUGAGCAAAAGAUACACACAAUCUACACGUUUGGCUGG